AUGGUGCGAGCCAAGCAAACGGCGCAGAAAAGCACUUCAGCUCGCCCGUUUCUCCUGAAAUCGUCAGCUCAAGCUGAAGCAGCAACUGGAGAGACGCGACCACCAGGGAUCAAGACCGACCUUGAGACUCUUAUCCUCAAUGGCUUUGCAUUCGACGGCAACGUCGCAUUUUCGAAGAAGUAUCCAAUGGGCGACGCGCCAAAUCCAUAUCUGGCUGUUGAUGGUUUGGGCUCACUCGGUAUUCCGCUCGGUCAACGUGAUGCACAAGCAUUCUCGUUCUCGGACAAACACAUUUGUGAAGUCACAUCUGACAAGAUCUCAUUCGAUAACCCACAGUGGAACUCUUGGGCUCAAGACACCAUUGCGCAAGUCGUGGCGGAGAAACUAGCUCUUCCUGGACCCUGUUCUCUUGCGUUUCGGAAACUAGUCAUUGGCAGAAGUGGUUGCGAGGAACCUAUAGUCGCGAAAGAGUUCGUUUCACACUCCUCUAUGACCUGGAAGCUAAUUAAAGGAAUAUCCAGCAGCUCUGCCGUCGGGCAUGUCAUCGUGUUCCUAUCCAGUAAUUUUGACGGCGGUCCACUCAAUGUCAAGUAUGGCGGCCGUCAAAAUAUCUUCAACGUUGCAACGGAUAGCGGCGCUGCGACGACCAUCGUCGCUUGGUAUGCGAAAUGUCAACUUGAUUUCGGGUCUGUCAAGGACGGUUAUCGCCUUGCGCUUGUCUACGACAUCGAAAUGGUCCCGCCCCUCGAUUUGUCUUACUCUGGACCUCCCGAUAUGUCCGAACUGACGCAGAAGCUCCGUCAGAUUCUGCAGACUUGGAAAGAGUCUGAUAGCGUGGACCCACCAACCCAUCUUGCAUGUGUGUUGCGCAGAACAUACAAACGAAGCACAUCGUUCAGCUCCAUGUCUCUCAAAGGAGCGGAUAAACUGCUUUUGAAGAAGCUUGGUCCACUGGCACGCGAACUCGGUUUUAAGCUCCACCUAGCUCACGCCGAAGGCCAAAUCCGGCUCCGGUGCUACAUUCGCGGCUAUGACCCACUGGGAUACGAGGACUAUGGGGACGAUGAGUACGACGAGAGUGAAUUCGAAGAUGAAGGAAGCGACGAUGACGGCGAACAUAUUUUGGAGGUCAAGCAGGUCGUCGAUAUGGGUGGGAUGCCGGUGGAUGUCGACGAACUGAGAAUGGUGAUGUAUGACGAAGAUGAUCCUGGUCACGCUGCGUUCAUUUGUGGACCGGUAAUCGACCGGUCUAGGGCCCCCGAUAAAACGGAAUUUGAGAGGGACGAGAUAUUUUCUGCAAACCGCAUAAAAACUUGGAAUCGCACCGUUCUGUUGAUCUGGUUGGAUGACAGCGAGAUUGGCCAGAGCGUUGUUCCCGGGAACAUGCAUGCUUAUGCCGCACACUUCUUGAGCAAGUCGACUACCACGAAUCCAACGCGCCGAGAAAAAACUGUUGCUGAAGCUCUCGUCUCACGCAUCAAGGCAUUUAAGUAUCCCGUCGAGAAGAAGCACGCGAAUGACGAUGACUGGUUUUUCUCGACGGAAGAGCAGCAAGCCAAAGCAAAAAAGAAGGAAGCCUCUAGAAUACCUGCUGCAGUUACUCUUCUGCGUCAAUGCGCGGAACGGUGGAAAGACCUCGAGCUGUUGUUGCGCGUGUUGGCUAUAUCGGAAGCAGAGCAGAACAUAUCGAUUGUUGGCGUUGACGGUCUGGCCUCCGCUUGCGGCACAUUUGGAUGGGAUGUCUUGAAAGACUUCUGCGCCAAAGCAAUCCAAACUGACCCUUCGAUAACCCGCAAACAUGGCCUUGUUGACCGCUUCAUCGUUCUUGCAGCUGAACAUAAUAUGCUUGAUCUGGCUCGGUGGUGUACCGAACAGAAAGCUAUAUUGCCAGCCGUGGCAGAGGAGGCAGUAACUGGGGGAAAACGGCCUUCGACAGAAAAUGACAAGACCAUUCCAGCUAAGAAAAGGAAAGCUUAG